AUGAAAACCUUGAAAUCAGCAAAUAAAGAGCUGAAAGAAUUGAUGAAAACUGUGAAGAUACAAGACAUUAAUAAUUUGCAAGAUGAAAUGAUGGACAUGAUGGAUAUAAGUAGCAAGAUACAAGAAUCUCUUGGUAGAAGUUAUUGUGUACCCGAUGAUAUUGAUGAAGAUGAUCUCAUGGGUAACAUAGGUCAAGAAACUGAGGGUGAAGGGGUACCUUCAUAUCAUCAACCUGAUAAUGAACCUGAUCUGAAUGAACAGCUUAAUCUACCUUCAGCUCCAAGUGGAUAUGCAGUGCCAGCUAGAAGAGUUAACAAUCAGGAAGACCCUUUGGAGGAUCUAAAAGAGGAUUAUGAAGAGGAGUCAGAUGAGGAGAUAGACAUCAGGGAGAUCAUUGACGAGCCUUACCCCAUCCAGGGCACAAAUGAUCCCGUUUAA